AUGACCCGCAAAUUCACUUUGUUCAGUGUCCUCCUUCGUCCGUCAAGGUACAUACGACUCUUGGCCCUUUCUUUACUCUUUAUCACAGCAUCAUGGCCUGUUGCAAUCAAAUUACCUAUAAUUCGUUCUCAUAAUGGGAAUAUCGAGAAGGACUACCCUUUGAUUGAUCAACAUAUCUACUCGUCCAAUGGUACAGGAGGUGCAAAUAGCUGGAAUCCCAAAAUUCUACCUUGGGUUGAAUUGUGGCUUGAGGCUUCAAUAAACCUUGAACAUGGUCCUGCAAUGGCAUACCUAUUCUGGGAUGAUGUCGGAAUGCGUUCCCUGAUCCAAGAAUUUGAGAACGACUUCCUUGAUACCUAUGACUCAAUCUUGACACCAGUCGAGCGAAGCGACGUAUUUCGCAUUCUAGUAUGCAAGCACUUUGGCGGGAUAUAUGGCGAUCUCGACACCGAGCUCAUACAACAUCCAGCUUCCUGGAUUGGCCCAUCGGAUAUAACAACCUGGACAGACUGCGAGACAGGAAGUGAUUACGGAUAUCACAACGAUUCGACAAUGCUAGACGACGAAACAAGAGUAGUCAAUCUUCUUUGGGGCUUGGAAGCUGACAAUGACCCAAAUUCGGACGCUUACUGGCGUCAAAGUUACACAUACCCUCAACAGCUAUCGCAAUGGGCAUUCGCAGCUGCCCCUCAUCACCCUAUAGUUAUAAGAUAUAUGGACACUCUACGCAGCUAUACAAAAGACAACGAGACAGCGGCUCUGAACAGUGAUCCACUCAAACGAACCGGCCCUGCAGCUGUCACUCUUGCUACAAAGUCUUGGCUGGAGGACCAUGUGGGAUUUCGAUGGACCAGCUUGACAGGAGUAAAAGAUGGUGGCAGACCCAAGUUGGUGAAUGAUAUCCUUGUCCUUCCUAUAACUGCCUUCCAGUAA